AUGGGUCUCUUAUUUAGACGUGUGGAUGACAAGCCCAGCUGCAUGGUGCUGGAACUCAUCAGCCAGUUUAUUGUGUGGGACUGCUUCAGUGUCAACACCACCGGCAUUCAGAACAUGUUCAAUCCAAUAAACAGAAGGAUUUUUCCUCAACAGAGAUCUCUAAACAAAAAUAAUUCUGUUGACUUGUUGCCUUCUGCACUGGCAUAAAUACUGCUCUGGCAUAAAUACUGUAAGGGCGGAAAUACUCUUGAUUACUGUAUGUUAAUGUUAGUCUCUUCUCUCCACUCCUCCUCCCCUCCUCCUCUCCUCCAGCUCCUUCACAUCUGUAUAGAGGGGUGGGGUAACUGGCGUUGGUCUGAGGCCUUCAGUGUGGACAACGUGGGGUCUCUGUUGAGGACUAUUCAAUAUAAAGGACGGACCGCCUCCCUCAUCAUCAAGGUGUUGCAGCUCAACGCUGUCCAGAAACAGGUACCGUAUUCUAUUCAAUUCAAUAAAGCUUUAUUGUUCCCAAAAGGCAAUUAAUGUGCAACCCAUCCUCCUGUUGUGACAUUCUACUGUGUGUGAUGCCUGAUGGUCCGAGAACUACAUCCUGUUUCAUAUUACAAUCUGUUGUUACAAAGGAACACUAGUCUGAGAACUACAUCCUGUUUCAUAUUACAAUCUGUUGUUACAAAGAGAACACUAGUCUGAGAACUACAUCCUGUUUCAUAUUACAAUCUGUUGUUACAAAGGGAACACAUCUGAAACACAUCCGUUUCCAAUCACAAUUGUUGUUACAGAGCAACACUAUCUGAAACAACAACGUUCAUAUUACAAUUGUUGUCUACAAGAGAACACUAUCUGGAACACACCUGUUUAAUACAACUGUUGUUAAAAGACACACAGUCUGAGAACAACAUCCUGUUAAUAUUACAACAUGUUUAAGGAAAACUCUGAAAACCCUCCAGCCAUCCACAAUGUUUGCUCACUUCUCCAAAAACAGAGAAUGUCAUCUCUGAAACGAGAUGACCGGUUUGUGUUAGAUAAAACACAUUUCACCACGAAUAAUGUACUAACCAUGUUCGAAUUGCUCCCACCACAGACCAAACAGCCACUGAGUACAUUCUAUACUUGUCCGCUCCGACAUCUAGUUCUCAUUGGCUACAAUGAUGGGGUAUGAGUCCUGGUCACAUCCAAUCCCCAACACACAGCCUGAGAUUGUGACAGCUGCUACAGCAACAGAAGAUGUCUCUGGUCACAGGCUGGCUGUGGGAGGAGUGUGUGUGUGUGUGUGUGUGUGUGUGUGUGUGUGUGUGUGUGUGUGUGUGUGGUGUGUGUGUGUGUGUGUGUGUGUGUGCAUGCGCGUGCACGUGUGCGCGUGUACGUGUGCACGUGUGUACGCGUGGGCGUGUGUGUGCGUGCGUGCGUGUGUGUGUGUGUGUGUGUGUGAGCAGAGCUCAUCUUGAUCUUGUUCUGGGUCUUUCUCUGUGUCACACUACAGUUCUCUUCUCUUCAGACCCUGAACAGAACCAUGUCUCCUCCUUCAGACAGGAGUUGAUCCAGUUAGUGGAGUUGUCACCACAGACAGACAGGAGGUGAUCCAGUUAGUGGAGUUGUCACCACAGACAGACAGGAGGUGAUCCAGUUAGUGGAGUUGUCACCACAGACAGGCAGGAGGUGAUCCAGUUAGUGGAGUUGUCACCACAGACAGACAGGAGGGUGAUCCAGUUAGUGGAGUUUGUCACCACAGACAGACAGGAGGUGAUCCAGUUAGUGGAGUUGUCACCACAGACAGACAGGAGGGGAUCCAGUUAGUGGAGUUGUCACCACAGACAGACAGGAGGUGAUCCAGUUAGUGGAGUUGUCACCACAGACAGACAGGAGGUGAUCCAGUUAGUGGAGUUGUCACCACAGACAGACAGGAGGUGAUCCAGUUAGUGGAGUUGUCACCACAGACAGACAGGAGGGGAUCCAGUUAGUGGAGUUGUCACCACAGACAGACAGGAGGUGAUCCAGUUAGUGGAGUUGUCACCACAGACAGGAUGUGAUCCAAUUAGUGGAGUUGUCACCACAGACAGGAGGGGAUCCAGUUAGUGGAGUUGUCACCACGACAGGAUGUGAUCCAAUUAGUGGAUUCAGUUAGACAGGAUUCAGUUAGACACAGUGUGUAGAGGUUCAUUCACAGUUAACGCCUGUUGAGUGCUCCUCAAGAGUGUGUGUGUGUGUGUGUGUGUGUGUGAGUGUGAUUACGUGACUGAGAGCCUGUGAGCUGUGAGAAGGGCUAUAAAAGGAUGAUUGAUGAGCAGGAGAAGUCUCUCUCUUCAGAGAGCAAUCUCGCUCCUCACCACCAUUACCACCACCACCACCCAGAGAACACACACACGGGGUGGUGGAAACAAUCAAUUGUGAGCUCAAUUAGAAGUGUCAGGACCAGAUGAGGGCUCCCUGGUGACUGAGCUGGGUUAGAGCUGUACAGGGGCCAGGGGGAGUUGUGGGCUUCGUCCCAAAUGGCACCCUAUUCCCUAUGUAGUGCACUACUUUUGACCAGGACCCAUAGGGGAUUAGGUUCCAUUUGUGACUUGGCUGUGGUGUUCUGUAGAGGACAGGGAGAAACAGGGGGACAGAGGAUUCUGCUGCUGUCUGCUCCACUCUGGUCUGUCUGCAGUGAUAGUGACAGAUUUUACACAGUGUCUUCAGAAAAGCAUCAGGCUGGGAGGCAGCAGCAGGCAGGACCCAUACUGCCAGUGGGGCUUUGAUAAUGCCAUAGGUCUUGGAGUACAGGGGCUUGUAAGGACUCUUUUACUGAUUUAACCCAUCACCAACUUAAUCAGUGUGUUGAUGAAUAACCUGAUUCUCCAUAAGUCUACUUGACUCUAACAUAAACAUCCCUCUCUGCUCGAUCUCUAUAUCUAUCUUCCUCUUCUCUCUUUCUCUCCUCCUAUCUAGAUAUCUCUCUCUUGUCUACUAGCUCGAUAGUCUCUAUCUAUCUCUAUCUGUAGAUCUAUCUCGAAUAGCUUCAUGUCUAUCUCUGCCUCUUUCAUCUCUUCUCCUCUCUAUCUCUCCUCUCUCUCUCUCUCUCUCUCUCUCUCUCUCUCUCUAGAUAAUAAUCUGUGGUCGUCAGGUGAUGUGUAGCUACCUGUCUCAGGACAUUGAUCUGCGGGUGGUGCAGCACUAUGUGAAUCCAGAUGGCCAGACGGUGGUUAAGGAACAUGCUGACUGUCUGGAGGCUGGGAGGAAGCUGCCCUCAUACGUCCUGGAGGACUCAGAGAUGACAGAGCUGUGUGUCAGAGCCAGAGGAGAUGAGGACUGGUCUCGGGAUGUCAGACUGGAGAGGAAGGAGAAGGAAAGGGGGGGCAGCUCUGUGGUACAGGUGAGUGCAUACACAGAUACACACACACACACCUAAACACACAGAAGCACACACACACACACCUAAACACACAGAAGCACACACACACACCAGACUCUCUCCCCACAAUCAUUUUCAACACCACCAAGUGAAGUAGAUAGUAAACAAAAGUGAAAUAAACAAUAAAUAUUAACAGUAAACAUUACACUCAGAAGUUCCAAAAGAAUAAAGACAUUUCAAAUGUCAUAUUAUGUCUAUAUACAGUGUUGUAACAAUGUGCAAAUAGUUAAAGUACAAAUGGGAAAAUAAAUAAACAUAAAUAUGGGUUGUAUUUACAAUGGUGUUUGUUCUUCACUGGUUGCCCUUUUCUUGUGGCAACAGGUCACAAAUCUUGCUGCUGUGAUGGCACACUGGUAUUUCGCACAAUAGAUAUGGGAGUUUAUCAAAAUUGGAUUUGAUUUCAAAUUCUUUGUGAAUCUGUGUAAUCUGAGGAAAACAUGUGUCUCUAAUGUGCAAGGCUAUAAUCUGAGGAAAACAUGUGUUUCUCAAUAGCAAGGCUAUGCUCACUGAGUCUGUACAUAGUCAAAGCUUUCCUUAAGUUUGGGUCAGUCACAUUGGUCAGGUAUUCUGCCACUGUGUGUCAAGUAAUUAUAUUUUUGUUUUCUCAUGAUUUGGUUGGGUCUAAUUGUGUUGAUGUCCUGGGGCUCUGUGGGGUCUGUUUGUGUUUGUUAACCGAGCCCCAGGACCAGCUUGCUUAGGGGACUCUUCUCCAGGUUCAUCUCUCUGUAGGUGAUGGCUUUGUUAUGGAAGGUUUGGGAAUCACUUCCUUUUAAGUGGUUGUAGAAUUUAGCGUCUCUCUCUCUCUCUCUCUCUCUCCCUCUCUCUGUAUAUAUACAGUGCCUUGCAAAAGUAUUCACCCCCCUUGACGUUUUUCCUAUUUUGUUGCAUUACAACCUGUAAUUUAAUGUAAUGGACAUACACAAAAUAGUCCAAAUUGGUGAAGUGAAAUGAAAAAAAUAACUUGUUUCAAAAAAUUCUAAGAAAACAAUAAUGGAAAAGUGGUGCGUGCAUAAGUAUUCACCCCCUUUGCUAUGAAGCCCCUAAAUAAGAUCUGGUGCAACCAAUUACCUUCAGAAGUCACAUAAUUAGUUAAAUAAAGUCCACCUGUGUGCAAUCUAAGUGUCACAUGAUCUGUCACAUGAUCUCAGUAUAUAUACACCUGUUCUGAAAGGCCCCAGAGUCUGCAACACCACUAAGCAAGGGGCACCACCAAGCAAGCGGCACCAUGAAGACCAAGGAGCUCUCCAAACAGGUCAGGGACAAAGUUGUGGAGAAGUUGGGUUGGGUUGGGUUCUAAAAAAAUAUCAGAAACUUUGAACAUCCCACGGACCACCACUAAAUCCAUUAUUUAAAAAAUGGAAAUGGCACCACAACAAACCUGCCAAGAGAGGGCCGCCCACCAAAACUCACGGACCAGGCAAGGAGGGCAUUAAUCAGAGGCAACAAAGAGACCAACAAUAACCCUGAAGGAGCUGCAAAGCUCCACAGCGGAAAUUGGAGAAUCUGUCCAUAUGACCACUUCAAGCCGUACACUCCACAGAGCUGGGCUUUACGGAAGAGUGGCCAGAAAAAAGCCAUUGCUUAAAGAAAUAAAUAAGCAAACACGUUUGAUGUUCGCCAAAAAGCAUGUGGGAGACUCCCCAAACACAUGGAAAAAGGUACUCUGGUCAGAUGAGACUAAAAUUGAGCUUUUUGGCCAUCAAGGAAAACGCUAUGUCUGGCGCAAACUCAACACCUCUCAUCACCCCGAGAACACCAUCCCCACAGUGAAGCAUGGUGGUGGCAGCAUCAUGCUGUGGGGAUGUUUUUCAUCGGCAGGGACUGGGAAAUUGGUCAGAAUUGAAGGAAUGAUUGAUGGUGAAACCUGUUUCGGUCUUCCCGAGAUUUGAGACUGGGACGGAGGUUCACCUUCCAGCAGGACAAUGACCCUAAGCAUACUGCUAAAGCAACACUCAAGUGGUUUAAGGGGAAACAUUUAAAUGUCUUGGAAUGGCCUAGUCAAAGCCCAGACAUCAAUCCAAUUGAGAAUCUGUGGUAUGACUUAAAGAUUGCUGUACACCAGCGGAACCCAUCCAACUUGAAGGAGAUGGAGCAGUUUUGCCUUGAAGAAUGGGCAAAAAUCCCAGUGGCUAGAUGUGCCAAGCUUAUAGAGACAUACCCCAAGAGACUUGCAGCUGAAAUUGCUGCAAAAGGUGGCUCUACAAAGUAUUGCCUUUUGGGGGGGUGAAUAGUUAUGCAUGCUCAAGUUUUCUGUUUUUUUUGUGUUAUUUCUUGUUUGUUUCACAAUAAAACAUAUUUUGCAUCUUCAAAGUGGUAGGCAUGUUGUGUAAAUCAAAUGAUACAAACCCCCCAAAAAUCAAUUUUAAUUCCAGGUUGUAAGGCAACAAAAUAGGAAAAAUGCCAAAGGGGGUGAAUACAUUUGCACUACCAUUCAAAAGUUUGGGGUCACUUAGAAAUGUCCUUGUUUUCUAAAGAAAAAGCCAUAUCUCAGACUGCCCAUCUUCAUCUUCUGACGAGUUUCAGAAGAAAGUUAUUUGUUUCUAGCCAUUUUGAGCCUGUAAUCGAACCCACAAUUGCUGAUGCUCCAGAUACUUAACUAGUCUCAAGAAGGCCAGUUUUAUUGCUUCUUUAAUCAGCACAACAGUUUUCAGCUGUGCUAACGUAAUUGCAAAAGGGUUUUCUAAUGAUCGAUUAGCCUUUUAAAAUGAUAAACUUUGAUUAGCAAACACAACGUGCCAUUGGAACACAGGACUGAUGGUUGCUGAUAAUGGGCCUCUGUACGCCUAUGUAGAUAUUCCAUUAAAAAUCUGCCAUUUCCAGCUACAAUAUCCAUUUACAACAUUAACAAUGUCUACACUGUAUUUCCGAUCAAUUUGAUGUUAUUUUAUUGGACAAAAAAAAUCUCUCCUUCUCUCUGCAGGCACCAUCUCUCCUUCUCUCUUCAGGCACCAUCUCUCCUUCUCUCUUCAGGCACCAUCUCUCCUUCUCUCUUCAGGCACCAUCUCUCCUUCUCUCUGCAGGCACCAUCUCUCCUUCUUUUUCUCAUACCCUCUUUUACUGCCUCUCUUCUCUUCCCUCUUCGUCUGAUGUUAUCUCCUGAUAGAAACUCAUAACUAGGUCUGUAACCUUGGUGUUGGUGGACCAGGCCUGUGUGUCUAGCAGUGCGAUGCUUGCCAGUGUUUUUCACCCUCUGUGUGUUAUCCUUCACCCAAGAGGAACCGAGGCCAAUGUCAGAGCUGAACAGAACAGAACUAAAUGUUCGUUAUUGUGUUCAUGCCUGGUGUUUUGUCCACAGUUAAAUGAAGUCCCUAGCUGACCGUAAAUUACGCUGCGUUGUAACGGCCUUGGCAUGGUGAGGUCUUAACGAGGAGUCAGGGUAGAGGGGAAUAGAGCCAGUGAAACGUUAAGACUCGCAUCCCAAAUUCCACCCUAUUCCCUACAUAGUGCACUACUUUUGACCAGAAGUCUGUGGGGCCCUGGUAAAAAGUAGUGCACUAUGUAGGGAAUAGGGUUCCAUUUGGGAUGCGACCCACGACCAUUAACCAUUCUGAAGGGCACAUUUUCUGCUUUUAAAUCUUCUCAGAUCUGACAGAGUUUAAUAGGCUAUUAUCCCGCGCUAACAGUUAAAUUGUCAUUGGACUUAGCUGUUGGAUGGUGUUGAAGUACUGGAGCUUUGUGUGGGUCCUGUUGUACAGCUUCAGAAAGCCUUGGAGCCCAUGUUGGGGACAGAACAUGAUCACGUUGGGGGACUAUGAACAUGAUGUGACUCAGUGGGGUGGGUUAGUUAGGGCGCUCCACGGCACGUUGGUCAUUACAGAUGUCCUGAUACACUUCUCUCCACCACAGGACACAAACAUGUUGAUCUCCGGUGGUGGUGCCGUGGGUGAACUCUGACCUUGAUGACCUUUGACAUGACAGGGGUUUAGGCAUUGCUGUUUCCUCUAGCCUCUUUAACCUCUUCUAGAACAUUGAUCAUUCAGUUUAGUUAUUAGAACUUUUUACACACUACUGCUGUACACCAAAUCAACGUUUAUUGGUCCCGUACACAGAUUUGCAGAUGUUAUCUCAGGUGCAGUGAAAUGCUUGUGUUUCUAGCUCCAACAGUACAGUAUUACCUAGCUAUAUGCUUGUGUUUCCAUUUCCAACAGUGCAGUAAUACCUACCUAUAUGCGUGUGUUUCUAACUCCAACAGUGCAGUAAUACCUAGCUAUAUGCUUGUGUUUCUAGCUCCAACAGUGCAGUAAUACCUAGCUAUAUGCUUGUGUUUCUAGCUCCAACAGUGCAGUAAUACCUAGCUAUAUGCGUGUGUUUCUAGCUCCAACAGUGCAGUAAUACCUAGCUAUAUGCUUGUGUUUCUAGCUCCAACAGUGCAGUAAUACCUAGCUAUAUGCUUGUGUUUCUAGCUCCAACAGUGCAGUAAUACCUAGCUAUAUGCUUGUGUUUCUAACUCCAACAGUGCAGUAAUACCUAGCUAUAUGCUUGUGUUUCUAGCUCCAACAGUGCAGUAAUACCUAGCUAUAUGCGUGUGUUUCUAGCUCGAACAGUGCAGUAAUACCUAGCUAUAUGCUUGUGUUUCUAACUCCAACAAUGCAGUAAUACCUAGCUAUAUGCUUGUGUUUCUAGCUCCAACAGUGCAGUAAUACCUAGCUAUAUGCGUGUGUUUCUAGCUCGAACAGUGCAGUAAUACCUAGCUAUAUGCUUGUGUUUCUAACUCCAACAAUGCAGUAAUACCUAGCUAUAUGCUUGUGUUUCUAGCUCCAACAGUGCAGUAAUACCUAGCUAUAUGCUUGUGUUUCUAACUCCAACAGUGCAGUAAUACCUAGCUAUAUGCUUGUGUUUCUAGCUCCAACAGUGCAGUAAUACCUAGCUAUAUGCUUGUGUUUCUAACUCCAACAGUGCAGUAAUACCUAGCUAUAUGCGUGUGUUUCUAGCUCCAACAGUGCAGUAAUACCUAGCUAUAUGCUUGUGUUUCUAACUCCAACAGUGCAGUAAUACCUAGCUAUAUGCUUGUGUUUCUAGCUCCAACAGUGCAGUAAUACCUAGCUAUAUGCGUGUGUUUCUAACUCCAACAGUGCAGUAAUACCUAGCUAUAUGCGUGUGUUUCUAACUCCAACAGUGCAGUAAUACCUAGCUAUAUGCGUGUGUUUCUAGCUCCAACAGUGCAGUAAUACCUAGCUAUAUGCGUGUGUUUCUAACUCCAACAGUGCAGUAAUACCUAGCUAUAUGCUUGUGUUUCUAACUCCAACAGUGCAGUAAUACCUAGCUAUAUGCGUGUGUUUCUAACUCCAACAGUGCAGUAAUACCUAGCUAUAUGCUUGUGUUUCUAACUCCAACAGUGCAGUAAUACCUAGCUAUAUGCUUGUGUUUCUAACUCCAACAGUGCAGUAUUACCUAGCUAUAUGCUUGUGUUUCUAGCUCCAACAGUGCAGUAAUACCUAGCUAUAUGCUUGUGUUUCUAACUCCAACAGUGCAGUAAUACCUAGCUAUAUGCUUGUGUUUCUAGCUCCAACAGUGCAAUAAUACCUAGCUAUAUGCUUGUGUUUCUAGCUCCAACAGUGCAGUAAUACCUAGCUAUAUGCUUGUGUUUCUAACUCCAACAGUGCAGUAAUACCUAGCUAUAUGCGUGUGUUUCUAACUCCAACAGUGCAGUAAUUCCUAGCUAUAUGCUUGUGUUCCUAACUCCAACAGUACAGUAAUACCUAGCUAUAUGCGUGUGUUUCUAGCUCCAACAGUGCAGUAAUACCUAGCUAUAUGCUUGUGUUUCUAACUCCAACAGUGCAGUAAUACCUAGCUAUAUGCUUGUGUUUCUAACUCCAACAGUGCAGUAUUACCUAGCUAUAUGCUUGUGUUUCUAGCUCCAACAAUACAAAACAAUAUGCGCAUAAUCCAAAAAGAGUCCGGAAUAUAUAUACAUAAUGGUAUAGAUAGAAUAUGAAUAGAAAAGGUGUGUACAGCAGUAGUUAUAUAGGAUGGUGUGUAUAGACAGUAUGGACAGUAUAUGAAUAGAAAAGGUUUGUACAGCAGUAUUUAUAUAGGACCAGUGUUUAAUAGGGCAAAGCAGUCUCUAAGGUAAUUGUUUAUUGCCAGGUCAGAGGUGAGAAUAGUAGCUGUACUAUCUAAUGGUGUGGGUUGGUCUCCUUGCAGGUGCCUUGUUCCAGCGGCUCAUUGUUCUACGUGUGGUGUACCCUGAUCACCAUGGAACCUGACUCUCACAUGCAGCAGAGAGUGGUGAGUAUAGCCAUCCAGGUCAGGUCUGCGUCUGAAAUGGCACCCUAUUCCCUAUAUAGUGCACUACUUUCUAUCAGAGCCCAUAGUGUCCCUAGUCAAUAUAUACUGUAGGAAAUAGGGUGCAGCCCGUGUCCCCACCAUCCCUCUAACACCGUCCUCUAACUCUAACACCGUCCUCUAACUCUAACACCGUCCUUUAACUAACACCGUCCUUUAACUCUAACACCGUCCUUUAACUCUAACACCGUCCUCUAACUCUAACACCGUCCUCUAACUCUAACACCGUCCUCUAUCUCUAACACCAUCCUCUAACUCUAACACCGUCCUCUAACUCUAACACCGUCCUCUAACUCUAACACCGUCCUUUAACUCUAACACCGUCCUCUAACUCUAACACCGUCCUCUAUCUCUAACACCAUCCUCUAACUCUAACACCGUCCUCUAACUCUAACACCGUCCUUUAACUCUAACACCGUCCUCUAACUCUAACACCGUCCUCUAACUCUAACACCGUCCUUUAACUCUAACACCAUCCUCUAACUCUAACACCGUCCUCUAUCUCUAACACCAUCCUCUAACUCUAACACCGUCCUCUAACUCUAACACCGUCCUUUAACUCUAACACCGUCCUCUAACUCUAACACCGUCCUCUAUCUCUAACACCAUCCUCUAACUCUAACACCGUCCUCUAACUCUAACACCGUCCUCUAACUCUAACACCGUCCUUUAACUCUAACACCGUCCUCUAACUCUAACACCGUCCUCUAUCUCUAACACCGUCCUCUAACUCUAACACCGUCCUCUAACUCUAACACCGUCCUCUAACUCUAACACCGUCCUCUAACUCUAACACCGUCCUCUAACUCUAACACCGUCCUUUAACUCUAACACCGUCCUCUAACUCUAACACCGUCCUUUAACUCUAACACCGUCCUCUAACUCUAACACCGCCCUCUAACUCUAACACCGUCCUCUAUCUCUAACACCGUCCUCUAUCUCUAACACCGUCCUCUAACUCUAACACCGUCCUCUAACUCUAACACCGUCCUUUAAACUCUAACACCGUCCUCUAAACUCCUAACCACCGUCCUUUAACUCUAACACCGUCCUUUAACUCUAACACCGUCCUCUAACUCUAACACCGUCCUCUAACUCUAACACCGUCCUCUAACUCUAACACCGUCCUCUAACUCUAACACCGUCCUUUAACUCUAACACCGUCCUCUAACUCUAACACCGUCCUCUAACUCUAACACCGUCCUCUAACUCUAACACCGUCCUCUAACUCUAACACCGUCCUCUAACUCUAACACGUCCUUUAACUCUAACACCGUCCUCUAACUCUAACACCGUCUCUACUCUAACACCGUCCUUUAACUCUAACACCGUCCUCUAACUCUAACACCGUCCUCUAACUCUAACACCGUCCUCUAACUCUAACACCGUCCUCUAACUCUAACACCGUCCUAUAACUCUAACACCGUCCUUAACCUAACACCGUCCUCUAACUCUAACACCGUCCUUCUAACUCGAACACCGUCCUCUAACCUCUAACACCGUCCUUUAACUCUAACACCGUCCUCUAACUCUAACACCGUCCUCUAACUCUAACACCGUCCUCUAUCUCUAACACCGUCCUCUAACUCUAACACCGUCCUUUAACUCUAACACCGUCCUCUAACUCUAACACCGUCCUCUAACUCUAACACCGUCCUUUAACUCUAACACCGUCCUCUAACUCUAACACCGUCCUCUAACUCUAACACCGUCCUCUAACUCUAACACCGUCCUCUAUAUCUAACACCGUCCUCUAACUCUAACACCGUCCUCUAACUCUAACACCGUCCUUUAACUCUAACACCGUCCUCUAACUCUAACACCGUCCUCUAACUCUAACACCGUCCUCUAUCUCUAACACCGUCCUCUAUCUCUAACACCGUCCUUUAACUCUACACCGUCCUCUAACUCUAACACCGUCCUCUAACUCUAACACCGUCCUCUAUCUCUAACACCGUCCUCUAACUCUAACACCGUCCUCUAACUUUAACACCGUCCUCUAUCUCUAACACCGUCCUUUAACUCUAACACCGUCCUUUAACACCCCAGCUCUUUCCCAGAGUCUCAACACAGAGAGGGUUUGUUUUGAGACGUGUCUCUUGUUAUUUUGGGUUGCAGUGCCACAACAUCACUCAGACUGACACACACACUGGUGACAAUAUUACAAUAGAGCUCUCUCUCUCUCCAGCUUCCUCUCAGUAACCACCACACUGGUGACAAUAUUACAAUAGAGCUCUCUCUCUCUCCAGCUUCCUCUCAGUAACCACCACACUGGUGACAAUAUUACAAUAGAGCUCUCUCUCUCUCCAGCUUCCUCUCAGUAACCACCACACUGGUGACAAUAUUACAAUAGAGCUCUCUCUCUCUCCAGCUUCCUCUCAGUAACCACCACAGUGUGUCAUUGAUUACAGUACCACCACAUAGGUAGGACGCACGCACAGAAGUCCAUACGGAGGAUGAAAUGGGAGUUUUCAGUGCGGUGAUGCCAGGCAGACAGUAUUUUGGUAGAUUAGGAUGGUUGUGAGAGAGGAGAGAGAGAGAGAGAGAGAGAGAGAGAGAGAGAGAGAGAGAGAGAGAGAGAGAGAGAGCGAGAGCUGUUUCCCAUCAUCACCAAGAGCCCAGUAGAUGCUGGGGACCACUGUCAUUGUACUGUACUCACAACAGACCUCUUUCUGUCUCCUCACAACAGACCUCUUUCUGUCUCCUCACAACAGACCUCUUUCUGUCUCCUCACAACAGACCUCUUUCUGUCUCCCUCUCUACUCUACUGUACUCACAACAGACCUCUUUCUGUCUCCUCACAACAGACCUCUUUCUGUCUCCUCACAACAGACCUCUUUCUGUCUCCUCACAACAGACCUCUUUCUGUCUCCUCACAACAGACCUCUUUCUGUCUCCUCACAACAGACCUCUUUCUGUCUCCUCACUACUCUACUGUACUCACAACAUACCUCUUUCUGUCUCCUCACAACAGACCUCUUUCUGUCUCCUCACAACAGACCUCUUUCUGUCUCCUCACAACAGACCUCUUUCUGUCUCCUCUCUACUCUACUGUACUCACAACAGACAUUAUUAUGAGCUGUCCUCCCCUCAGCAGCCUCCACUUCAUGAUGUGUAGUCACCUGCCAGACGCUCGCUCUCUCUCUCUCUCUCUCUUUCUACCUUAUUAUUUUCAGGUCAGUCACAGUGGUCAUGUAUUCUGCCACUGUGUCCUCUCUGUUUAGGGGCAAUACCACCUCUCUCUCUCUCGCUCUCUCUCUGUCUCUCUCUCUGUCUGUCUCUCUCUGUCUCUAAUGGUGUCCUGUCCUCUUCCAGGUGGUAUUCAGUCCUCUGUUCAUGAUGCGUAGCCACCUUCCAGACCCUGUCAUCAUCCACACAGAGAAAAGAAGUCUGGGGCUGAGAGAGAGUCAGCUGAUCCAGGGACAGGGACACCAGGAACAACUACUGAACGCUGAGAAUGACCUGAUGCACCACCUCACCUUCCAGGCCAGGUAAAACACACACCACCUCCCGCACGCACACACAUACUGCACACACAUACCACACACCCACACAGGUUUCUGGCCCACGGGGUGUCAUGUAUAAGUGUGUGUUGUGGAUGAGUAUGUGGACUGUGAGAAGGCCUGGGUCGAAGGUGUCUGUGCCAGUGUGACACCACCUCAUCAUGGGCAGAACCCAGAUCUCAGAACCCAGAUCUCAGAACCCAGAUCUCAGCUCUCACCACACAUCAUACAGUACAGCUACUAGCUGUACUAGCUGCUUUUCUAUCAGCCAAUCAGUCCAUCAGUCGGUCCGUCAGUAAGUCAGUUAGCCCAUCCGUCAGUCCGUCAGUCAGUCCGUCAGUCCAUCAGUCAGUCCAUCAGUCGGUCCGUCAGUCAGUCAGUUAGUCCAUCCGUCAGUCCGUCAGUCAGUCCGUCAGUCAGUCAGUCAGUCCGUCAGUCCAUCAGUCCGUCAGUCAGUCAGUCAGUCAGUCAGUCAGUCAGUCAGUCAGUCAGUCAGUCAGUCCGUCAGUCCGUCAGUCAGUCAGUCCGUCAGUUUGUCCAUCAGUCGGUCCUUCAUUCCGUCUUCAUGUCCUCUAGGUCGUGUGUGUAGAGAAAUCAUCUCUCUCUGAGCUCAAACAACAAUUCAAGAAGCUCUUGUCUAGUUGAAUUUGGAUCACUAUCUAGCAUGUGUUCAGAGUGUCCCCUGCCUUGUCUAGUUGAAUUUGGACCACUAUCUAGCAUGUGUUCAGAGUGUCCCCUGCCUUAACAGACACUCAUUCACCACACUACCCGCCGCCGCCUCCUCCUCCUCCUCCUCCUCUCCUCCUCCCUCCUCUCCUCCUCCUCCUCUCCUCCUCAUCCACCUCUCCUCCUCCUCUCCUCCUCCUCUCCUCCUCCUCCACCUCCUCUCCUCCUCCUCCUCCUCUUCUCCUGCUGUCUCCCCCAUCUUCAGGACCAGUCAGUUUCAAAUGUUCGCUGGUCACCAUCUCCUCUUUCCUUCCUGUAAUUAGGAAUAGUUGUGGCUUCCAAUGGUUGAGGAAGGGACUGGGCUGUGGACAGACAGACAGACAGACCAGUUAACCACAACUGUAAUGUCCUAGUCUGCGUCCUACAUGUCACACUAUUCCCUACAUAGUGCACUACUUUUGACCAGAGCCCCAUGGACCCUGGUUAAAAGUAGUGCACUAUAAAUGGAAUAGUGUGACAUUUGGAACACAUCCCUGCUCUCAUAUGUGUGUUCUGGGGUUGAAACCACAUGAGCGACUUGAGGAGAAUCAGAAGCCUGUAGUAGUAUGUUCCUUCAGGACCCAGACUGCAUCCCAAAUGGCACCCUAUUCCCUAGAGAGUGGACGACUAUUGGACCAGGAGUCCUAUGGGCCCUGGUCAAAAGUAGUGCACUAUAAAGGGAAUAGGGUACUGUUUGGAAUGCACCCCCAGUCUGAAUGAAUCCUUUCCUGUCAACAGGCUGUCUCUCUAGCCUGUUCUCCACCAUCCAUCAUCAGGCUGUCUCUCUGGCCUGUUCUCCAUCAUCAGGUUGUCUCUCUAGCCUGUUCUCCACCAUCCAUCAUCAGGCUGUCUCUCUGGCCUGUUCUCCAUCAUCAGGUUGUCUCUCUGGCCUGUUCUCCACCAUCCAUCAUCAGGCUGUCUCUCUAGCCUGUUCUCCACCAUCCAUCAUCAGGUUGUCUCUCUGGCCUGUUCUCCACCAUCCAUCAUCAGGCUGUCUCUCUAGCCUGUUCUCCACCAUCCAUCAUCAGGCUGUCUCUCUGGCCUGUUCUCCACCAUCCAUCAUCAGGUUGUCUCUCUGGCCUGUUCUCCACCAUCCAUCAUCAGGCUGUCUCUCUAGCCUGUUCUCCACCAUCCAUCAUCAGGCUGUCUCUCUAGCCUGUUCUCCACCAUCCAUCAUCAGGUUGUCUCUCUGGCCUGUUCUCCACCAUCCAUCAUCAGGCUGUCUCUCUGGCCUGUUCUCCACCAUCCAUCAUCAGGCUGUCUCUCUAGCCUGUUCUCCACCAUCCAUCAUCAGGCUGUCUCUCUGGCCUGUUAUCCAUCAUCAGGCUGUCUCUCUAGCCUGUUCUCCACCAUCCAUCAUCAGGCUGUCUCUCUAGCCUGUUCUCCACCAUCCAUCAUCAGGUUGUCUCUCUGGCCUGUUCUCCACCAUCCAUCAUCAGGCUGUCUCUCUGGUCUGUUCUCCACCAUCCAUCAUCAGGCUGUCUCUCUAGCCUGUUCUCCACCAUCCAUCAUCAGGCUGUCUCUCUGGCCUGUUAUCCAUCAUCAGCUGUCUCUCUGGCCUGUUCUCCACCAUCCAUCAUCAGGCUGUCUCUCUAGCCUGUUCUCCACCAUCCAUCAUCAGGCUGUCUCUCUGGCCUGUUCUCCCACCAUCCAUCAUCAGGCUGUCUCUCUGGCCUGUUCUCCACCAUCCAUCAUCAGGCUGUCUCUCUAGCCUGUUCUCCACCAUCCAUCAUCAGGCUGUCUCUCUAGCCUGUUCUCCACCAUCCAUCAUCAGGCUGUCUCUCUGGCCUGUUAUCCAUCAUCAGGCUGUCUCUCUAGCCUGUUCUCCACCAUCCAUCAUCAGGCUGUCUCUCUGGCCUGUUAUCCAUCAUCAGGCUGUCUCUCUGGCCUAUUCUCCACCAUCCAUCAUCAGGCUGUCUCUCUGGCCUGUUAUCCAUCAUCAGGCUGUCUCUCUGGCCUGUUCUCCACCAUCCAUCAUCAGUCUGUCGCUCUAGCCUGUUCUCUACCAUCCAUCAACAGGCUGUCUCUCUGGCCUGUUCUCCACCAUCCAUCAUCAGGCUGUCUCUCUGGCCUGUUAUCCAUCAUCAGGCUGUCUCUCUGGCCUGUUUCUCCACCAUCCAUCAUCAGGCUAUCUCUCUGGCCUGUUCUCCACCAUCCAUCAUCAGGCUGUCUCUCUGGCCUGUUCUCCACAUCCAUCAUCAGGCUGUCUCUCUGGCCUGUUAUCCAUCAUCAGGCUGUCUCUCUGGCCUGUUCUCCACCAUCCAUCAUCAGGCUGUCUCUCUGCUGUUCUCCACCAUCCCUCAUCAGGCUGGUCUCUCUGCCAUGGUUCUCCCCCAUCCAUCAUCAGGUUGUCUCUCUGGCCUGUUGUCCAUCAUCAGGCUGUCUCUCUGGCCUGCUCUCCACCAUCCAUCAUCAGUUGUCUCUAGCCUGUUCUCCACCAUCCAUCAUCAGGCUGUCUCUCUGGCCUGUUCUCCACCAUCCAUCAUCAGGCUGUCUCUCUGGCCUGUUUCUCCACCAUCCAAUCAUCAGGCUGUCUCUCUGGCCUGUUCUCCACCAUCCAUCAAUCAGGCUGUCUCUCUGGCCUGUUUCUCCACCAUCCAUCAUCAAGGCUUGUCUCUAGCCUGUUCUCCACCAUCCAUCAUCAGGCUGUCUCUCUGGCCUGUUCUCCACCAUCCAUCAUCAGGAUCUGUCUCUAGCCUGUUCGACACCAUCCAUCACCAGGCUGUCUCUCUGGCCUGUUCUCCACCAUCCAUCAUCAGGCUGUCUCUCUGGCCUGUUAUCCAUCAUCAGGCUGUCUCUCUGGCCUGUUCUCCACCAUCCAUCAUCAGGCUGUCUCUCUAGCCUGUUCUCCACCAUCCAUCAUCAGGCUGUCUCUCUGGCCUGUUCUCCACCAUCCAUCAUCAGGCUGUCUCUCUGGCCUGUUCUCCACCAUCCAUCAUCAGGCUGUCUCUAGCCUGUUCUCCACCAUCCAUCAUCAGGCUGUCUCUCUGGCCUGUUCUCCACCAUCCAUCAUCUGGCUGUCUCUAGCCUGUUCUCCACCAUCCAUCAUCAGGCUGUCUCUCUGGCCUGUUCUCCACCAUCCAUCAUCAGGCUGUCUCUCUAGCCUGUUCUCCACCAUCCAUCAUCAGGCUGUCUCUCUAGCCUGUUUCUCCACCAUCCAUCAUCAGGCUGUCUCUCUAGCCUGUUCUCCACCAUCCAUCAUCAGGCUGUCUCUCUAGCCUGUUCUCCACCAUCCAUCAUCAGGCUGUCUCUCUAGCCUGUUCUCCACCAUCCAUCAUCAGGCUGUCUCUCUGGCCUGUUCUCCACCAUCCAUCAUCAGGCUGUCUCUCUAGCCUGUUCUCCACCAUCCAUCAUCAGGCUGUCUCUCUGGCCUGUUCUCCACCAUCCAUUGCUUUAUUACUCCACUUUCCUUUAAAAGCACAAUGGACUCUAUUAAUAAACAGAGGCUACAUUCCAAAUGGCACCCUAUUCCCUACAUAGUGCACUACUUUUAACCAGGGCUCUAUAGGGAAUAUGGUGCCAUUUGGGACGCAGACAUACAGUUCUGUUUCAACCCCGGGCCGAGGAGGGAGGGGAGGGGUCUCACCAGUCCAAGUAGAACUGGUAGAGUGACAGGUAGAUGCUUGUCGUAGUUCUAAAGCCACGGUCUUCUAUUGUCUGGAUCUAAAGUAUCUAAAGUAUUCUAUAGGGUUAUUUAUUUAGUGCUGCUAGGCUGGGUCACCCUCUCUGAUCCCCAGACCUGCUGAAAGACACCCCGCCAGGCAGGAAAUAACUAGACCACCCGACCAAGUUAACAAGGCUUUGGUUUCUACUUUAGACCCCAGUUAACCAUGGCUUUGGUUUCUACUUUAGACCCCAGUUAACCAUGGCUUUGGUUUCUACUUUAGACCCCAGUUAACCAUGGCUUUGGUUUCUACUUUAGACCCCAGUUAACCAUGGCUUUGGUUUCUACUUUAGACCCCAGUUAACCAUGGCUUUGGUUUCUACUUUAGACCCCAGUUAACCAUGGCGUUGGUUUCUACUUUAGACCCCAGUUAACCAUGGCUUUGGUUUCUACUUUAGACCCCAGUUAACCAUGGCUUUGGUUUCUACUUUAGACCCCAGUUAACCAUGGCUUUGGUUUCUACUUUAGACCCCAGUUAACCAUGGCUUUGGUUUCUACUUUAGACCCCCAGUUAACCAUGGCUUUGGUUUCUACUUUAGACCCCAGUUAACCAUGGCUUUGGUUUCUACUUUAGACCCAGUUAACCAUGGCGUUGGUUUCUACUUUAGACCCCAGUUAACCAUGGCUUUGGUUUCUACUUUAGACCCCAGUUAACCAUGGCUUUGGUUUCUACUUUAGACCCCAGUUAACCAUGGCUUUGGUUUCUACUUUAGACCCCAGUUAACCAUGGCUUUGGUUUUCUACUUUAGACCCCAGUUAACCAUGGCUUUGGUUUCUACUUUAGACCCCAGUUAACCAUGGCUUUGGUUUCUACUUUAGACCCCAGUUAACCAUGGCUUUGGUUUCUACUUUAGACCCCAGUUAACCAUGGCUUUGGUUUCUACUUUAGACCCCAGUCAACCAUGUCGUUUGUUUCCACUUUAGUAGGGGUCAGUUAGGAUCCACAGAGUAGCACAGAGUGGAUACUGACUGUACUGGGGUGUCUGUAGAAAACGUUGAGAUAAUAUUUCACCCCAGACAGUGGGAAUCAAACUCACGUUGCUGGCGCCACACUGGACCAACUGAGGCACACAGAAACUGUGUGUUUUUAUAUGAAGACUAACCUGUGUGUGUGUGUGUGUGUGUGUGUGUGUGUGUGUGUGUGUGUGUGUGUGGUGUGUGUGUGUGUGUGUGUGUGUGUUUUUCUCUUGCAGGGAGGAAGAGGAUGCGUCUCACUGUGCGGUGCCCAUCUCCACCGCUGUGAUCAAACAGAUAGUGAACAGGAACCAGGCUGGGUUGGAGGACAGCCAGGAACACAUACUGGCAGACUUCUAUGGUCUGAAGAACAACAGCCAACCACCAUGGCCCUACGUCAGCAAGGACACAGACAGGUACAGUACAGCUUGUGUGUGUGUGUAUGUGUGGUAUGUGUGUGUGUGUGGUGUGAUGUGAUGUGUGAUGUGUGAUGUGUGAUGUGUGAUGUGUGUGUGUGUGGUGUGUGUGUGUGUGUGUGUGUGUGUGUGUGUGGUGUAUAACGACAGACUUCUAUGACCUACAACAGGUGUCAAACUCAUUCCACGGAGGGCCGAGUGUCUGCAGGUUUUCACUCCUCCCUUGUACUUGAUUGAUGAAUUAAGGUCACUAAUUAGUAAGGAACUCCCCUCACCUGGUUGUCUAGGUCUUAAUUGAAAGGAAAAAACACAAAACCCACAGACACUAGGCCCUACAUGGAAUGGGUUUGACCCCCUGGUCAAGAGCAGCAGCCAGUUGCCAUGGCCACACGUAUCCAAGGACUCAGACAGGUACUGCAACUAACUCUGGGAUUCUGUUGUGUGUUGCUGUUAUAUUGUUUUAGUGUUCCUGUGAGUUUCCUGUUUCUUUUCAUAGUGUCUCUGUAUCCAGACCUUGUGUUUUCAUAGUGUCUCUGUAUCCAGGCCUUGUGUUUUCAUAGUCUCUCUGUAUCCAGGCCUUGUGUUUUCAUAGUCUCUCUGUAUCCAGGCCUUGUGUUUUCAUAGUGUCUCUGUAUCCAGGCCUUGUGUUUUCAUAGUCCUCUGUAUCCAGGCCUGUCUGUAGUCUCUCUGUAUCCAGGCCUGUCUGUAGUCUCUCUGUAUCCAGGCCUGUCUGUAGUCUCUCUGUAUCCAGGCCUGUCUGUAGUCUCUACAGAAUACACACACACACUCCUCAAGUACACAGAGAAUAAUUCUGUCCCAGUCAUCUCGCUUAUGGACUGUGAUAUCUUGAUAUCCUAAAUCGAUGAUAUCUUCUGAUUGGGCAGCAUUUCUCCUGACAGUAACCUCUCUCUUUCCCCUGACAGUAACCUCUCUAUUUCUCCUGACAGUAAUCUCUCUCUUUCUCCUGACAGUAACCUCUCUCUUUCUCCUGACAGUAACCCCUCUCUUUCUCCUGACAGUAACCUCUCUUCUUUCUCCUGACAGUAAUCUCUCUCUUUCUCCUGACAGUAACCUCUCUCUUUCUCCUGACAGUAACCCCUCUCUUUCUCCUGACAGUAACCUCUCUCUUUCUCCUGACAGUAACCCCUCUCUUUCUCCUGACAGUAACCUCUCUCUUUCUCCUGACAGUAAUCUCUCUCUUUCUCCUGACAGUAACCUCUCUCUUUCUCCUGACAGUAAUCUCUCUCUUUCUCCUGACAGUAACCCUUCUCUUUCUCCUGACAGUAAAUCUCUCUCUUCUUUCUCCUGACAGUAAUCUCUCUCUUUCUCCUGACAGUAACCUCUCUCUUUCUCCUGACAGUAAUCUCUCUCUUUCGUCCUGACAGUAACCUCUCUCUUUCUCCUGACAGUAAUCUCUCUCUUUCUCCUGACAGUAACCUCUCUCUUUCUCCUGACAGUAACCUCUCUCUUCUCCUGACAGUAAUCUCGCUCUUUCUCCUGACAGUAACCUCUCUCUUUCUCCUGACAGUAACCUCUCACUUUCUCCAGACAGUAAUCUCUCUCUUUCUCCUGACCAGUAACCCUCUCUCUUUCCUCCUGACAGUAACCCCUCUCUUUCUCCUGACAGUAACCUCUCUCUUUCUCCUGACAGUAAUCUCUCUCUUUCUCCUGACAGUAAUCUCUCUCUUUCUCCUGACAGUAACCUCUCUCUUUCCUUUCUUCUCCUGACAGUAAUCUCUCUCUUUCUACCUGAACAGUAAUCUCUCUCUUUCCUCCUGACAGGAAUCUCUCAUCUUCUCCUGACAGUUAACCUCUCUCUUAUCUCCUGACAGUAACCUCUCUCUUUCUACCUGACAGUAACCCCUCUAUUUUUCCUGACCAUAAUCUCGUUUUCCUAACUGAAAGUAAUCUCUCCUCUUUCUCCUGACAUGGUAACCUCAUCUCGUUUCCUCCUGACAGUAACCCCUCUCUUUCUCCUGACCAGUAA